AUGGCACUGGGCCCGCCACCAAAGGCCUUUGUCGAAGGGAUAUGCCGGAUCGUGAGAAGGACGGUAUUCCCGGGACUCCGACACUGCAAGAGAGAUGUCCUGAUGUCGCCAAGACCCAUGGGGGGCUUGGGCCUGGUGGACGUGCGGCUGCAAGCGGUGUGCUUGCCGGCAGCAGCGGUCUGGAAACGCUGGAGUCUAGAGCAGCGAGCCUUGUGGGCGCCCAGGCUGGACGAGGCCCUGACCAGACUCCUGGGCCAUCCGAACAAAGUCUACAGGUGGAAGAAGGGAGGCCUCAAGGCAGAGCGGGUCGUGGGCGAAGCCACAACACGCAGCUUACUCACCGUCAUGGAGAAGAAUCGACUCACCAUCAAGAAGCCUACAGCGGAAGACAUUGGCGCGCUACCGUGGCACCAGAACAAAUACGUGAAAAGAGUCAAGGUCCCGCGCAUGAGGGCAAACAUGCAGCGCAAGAGAGUAAGCAGCUUCCUGCAGGGCUUCAAGGCAUCCAGCGAGGCAGAGAAAACAGCCUUACAGAAGGCGCUGGAGCCAAUACAUUUCGAGGAGGAUGUCGUGGAGGUCCGGGCAAGGCCUCUGUGGGAACAAGUCCACCUAGGGGGUCAAGAGGUCUUCAAAUUCAAAGCGUCGACAGCGCGGAGAACAAAGGCAGCUUGCAAGGAAGAGGGAAGAUGGUCAGAGCUUUGGAAGGCAGGGAGGAAAAGGGACGCGUAUGCCUGGUGGCGAUUUGCCACUGGAAGUUACACGAGCGGAGCACAGAUGUCGAAGAUCUUCUGGAACGCUGACCGGAGCUGCCCACACUGCAACAAAGAGGAUGUGCCAAAACACCUGUGGGUAUGCACAGGCGUCAAGGACCUCAGGCUGUUUGAGGGGGAGAUGAAAAAGGUAAUUGGGGUGGCGAGAGAGCUGGAACAGAUAAGGAGAAGGUAUUGGGGCAAAUUGGAGACCUGUACCGAGAGGGCCCCAUUUGCACCUGAAGGAGGAGUCUAG